UUUUUUUUUUAUCUCUCAUGGCAUCAUUCGGUUUAUUAAAGACUAGACUAAGGUCUAUACCAUCAAAACAACAAUGUCAGUUUUCAACCUUACUUGCACAAACAACACCUACGACUUUGUUUAUGAAAAAAAUUCCUCACCAACGAGUCAUGACCAUACCUUCUUCUUUCCACUUGUCACCACGACCCAAACUCUCUUCUUAUACAAGACCAACAAUGAUACCUUGGAUACAACAACAUUGGAUAACCAGCCAUUCACAACAAGAUCAAGUAUUGGACGAUAAAAAUACAACCACCACUCGUAUACGAUACAAUAAUUUUAUUGAUCACCUACCAGCUUCUUGGGCUCCUUAUGCUUUUCUCACUAGGAUAGAUAAACCCAUUGGUACCUGGCUUCUCUAUUGGCCUUGUGCUUGGAGUAUUAGUAUGGCAGCUACACAACAACAUGCUCCUUUAUCAACAACUAUUGCCAUGUUGACAUUAUUUGGUGUAGGUGCUAUUACCAUGCGAGGUGCUGGAUGUACUAUUAAUGAUUUGUGGGAUCGCGAUAUUGAUGAUAAGGUGGAACGAACAAAGGUUAGACCUAUUGCUGCUGGUCAAGUCACUCCUCGUCAAGCCAUUACUUUUCUUGGUGCUCAAUUAACCGUUGGUCUUGCUAUUUUGACCCAAUUGAACAAUUACAGUAUUUUACUUGGAGCAUCAUCAUUAUCACUUGUUGUCACAUAUCCUUUGAUGAAACGAAUCACAUAUUGGCCUCAAGUGGUGUUAGGACUUGCUUUCAAUUUUGGUGCUUUAUUAGGAUGGUCGGCUAUGACAGGUGGAUUGGAUCUCAGUGUUGCAGGACCUUUAUAUGCUGGUGGUGUGGCAUGGACUCUAGUAUAUGAUACUAUUUAUGCUCAUCAAGAUAAGAAGGACGAUAUCAAGAUUGGUGUCAAGUCCACAGCAUUAAGAUUUGGUGAAAAUACUCCUCAAUGGUUGACUGGAUUUGCCACUACGUUUGUUUCCAUGACUGCUUUGGCGGGUUAUAUGAAUGAUCAAGGUGCUCCUUUCUAUUUGAUCAGUGUACUUGGUAGUGCAGCUCAUUUGGCAUGGCAAUUACGUACAGUCGAUUAUGAUUCUCCUGUGGAUUGUUGGGCAAAAUUCAAGAGUAAUACUUGGACAGGUGGUAUUUUUUGGUCUGGUAUUGUUGCUGAUGCUCUGGUCAAGGCUUCUCUUUUAGAAGAAUGAAAAAUAAAGUUACUGAUAUA